AGUGUCUAUCUCUUUUCUGGUUACCUUUGCAACGUUUUGGCCCGCAUCUGGAAUGGAAAAAAAUAAAGUGAAAGAAUUAUAGGUCAAUAUACAUUGUACCUGCGAUAGUUCAUUUCCAUUCAAUGCCGCUAGUGUAGAAAAAUGGACAAAAAAGCAUUCUAAUUCCAAUUCGCCAUUCAUUGAAGGUAUUUGAAUAACAAUAGAAAACAGCGAAACCGUAUUUGCUCAAGUGGAAAGAUUGUUUUUCACCAGUUCGGACACUAAGCGACCAGAAUCUGCUUGUGCAGUGGAAAAUAUUCUGGUCCUGCAGAGAAUAAUUUAGAUUCAACCAUCAACCUCGAGAUGUAGUGGAGUUACGUCGGAUAGCCCGGAAAACUGACAGCUGUUAUCUAUGCAGUUUGGUUUGACUUGAUAAUCUGCCUACUUUUCGAUCGAGUACACGUCACUGAAGCUGAAACGGAAUACGAUUAAACAGCAAUGAAACCUAAUCGGCAUGCAAAUUUAUAUUAGUUCCUACCGAAUAACAAGUAGUGUCAAAGUUUUAUAGAAUUAAAGUGGCAGUAGUUGUAGGUAAACGCAAAAAUAAACAUGAUUCUCCGACAGCUGACGGGUCUGAAUAAUUGGGUACGUGUGCUGGCUGGAUUCAUAGCAGUGUGGGUGAUUCUUGUAGUGAUCUUCUACUCCAAACUGAAUACUGGCUACGGCAGCGAUGGUGAAGAUACGGAGCGGAGGUUGAAUCAGGCGCUAGCCUAUCUGGAAAAAUCCAAACAGGUUGAUCAGGAGUUGAGAAAUUUAAUUGACGAAUAUCUCAGUGAUACGUCCUACAAUCGGAAGCAAAAGUUUGUCGAUGAGCUCGGCAAUAAACUUCAGAUUCAGGGCGCAGGAGCCGGACGCUUUAAAGGUGUCCCAUCGUUGGAGCAAGAACAGCUGAGACGAAGGGUUUCUAGCAAUAUAGAAGAGCUGUGGAACUAUUUACAUUCCGAGGUCGUUAAAGUUGCCAAAGUUGCACGACGGAACUCACCGGAGGUGGCUGCACCAUUGGAGAACUUUCUCUCGCUAGCGAGGGAGCAUAAGCACUCUUUGCUGAAUGAUAUCAAUCAGAUGCGCGCCAGUGACGGGUACGAAUUUUGGCGUUUCAAAGAAGCAAAAGAUCUGAGCGAAUUGAUACAGAAGCGACUGACCUACCUACAGAAUCCGGAAGACUGCAGUUCGGCUCGGAAGCUGGUCUGUAGGUUGAAUAAAGGUUGUGGCUAUGGCUGCCAGCUGCAUCACGUGGUUUAUUGUUUCAUUAUGGCCUACGCCACCGAACGGACGCUAAUUCUCAAAUCAAAAGGUUGGCGCUAUCAUAAGGCUGGCUGGGAGGAAGUUUUUCAGCCCAUUUCAGAUACCUGUGUGGAUGCGAACGGGGCUACCCAUGGUAGCUGGCCGGGAACCUCGGACACGCAGGUUCUAACGGUGCCGAUUAUCGAUUCGUUGAAUCCGCGUCCUCCCUAUCUUCCACUGGCAAUUCCAGCCGAUCUGGCUCCACGCAUGAUGAAACUGCACGGGGAUCCGAUUGUCUGGUGGAUCGGACAGUUCCUGAAGUAUCUGCUGAAACCAUCCGGCGAGACGCGGCAAAUGCUGGAGAAUGGAAUUGAGAAGCUUGGUUUCCGGAAACCGAUUGUUGGAAUCCACGUUAGACGAACUGACAAGGUCGGAACGGAAGCGGCUUUCCACGGAAUUGAAGAGUACAUGAUGGCGGUUGAUGACUAUUACGACCAGCUGGAGAUGGUGGAAGCGGUCGACAAACGAAGAGUUUUCGUCGCCAGUGACGAUCCAAAGGUCAUCGACGAAGCUAAAUCCAAGUACCCACACUAUGAGGUGAUCGGUGACCCGGAUGUGGCUAAGGUAGCAGCCGUUUCGACACGAUACACUGACUCAUCACUGAACGGGAUCAUUCUGGACAUACACCUCCUCUCGCUGAGUGACUAUCUUGUGUGCACUUUCAGCUCACAGGUAUGCCGCGUUGCGUACGAGAUCAUGCAGAGCAUGUAUCCGGAUGCAUCCCAACGGUUCAAAUCGCUGGACGACAUCUACUACUACGGUGGUCAGAAUGCUCACAAUCGGGAAGUGGUACUGCCCCACAAUCCGAAGAAUCACGAGGAAAUACACCUUCGGAAGGGAGAUCUGGUUGGGGUGGCCGGAAAUCACUGGAACGGGUUCUCCAAGGGUAAGAACGUGCGCCUCAAUCAGGUGGGUCUGUUCCCAUCGUUCAAAGUUAACGACAAAAUCGAAGUCGUAGACCUGCCGACUUACCCUAACGUGAAGUAGAGCCGGUUUACGCCAUACCAAUUGCUAGGAGACACUGAUUGAUUCGUGUGAACUCCAUCAGGAUGUGAUAGAGAUUGAGGCAGAGCGACGUUGGCAUUUAAAACAUUCUUUAGAAGUACGAUCCGAACAAAUCAAUUUGACAAAGAUUAACAUUUGUGUGUAUGUUAGCAACCGAGAAACAAAUCAGGCAAAGUAAUAGAACAAACAUAGAUUUACUAAAUUUUAAUAAGACAUGAUAGAGAGAGAGUAAUUUGUGUGGAAAGCACGAAAUUGAAAACGACCUACCAACUAAUUAAGCAUUAAUUUAUACAAACCAACAAAAAUGUGCAGUAAAGCAAUUACCAGAUAUAUAAAUUCAAAA